AUGCCAGGGCUGUGGGGGACCGUUUAUUUUCUAGGCACUGCUCAGGUUUGCGGCUUCUGGUUUUCCCGGUGGAAUUUGGACGGGGUCAUGAAUCAAACUGAUGCUCCUCGACCCCUAAACUGGACCAUCCGGAAGCUGUGCCAUGCAGCCUUUCUCCCAUCUGUCAGACUUCUUAAGGCUCAGAAGUCCUGGAUAGAAAGAGCGUUUUAUAAAAGAGAAUGUGUUCACAUCAUACCCAGCACCAAAGACCCCCAUAGGUGUUGCUGCGGGCGUUUAAUAGGCCAGCAUGUCGGCCUCACUCCCAGUAUCUCAGUUCUUCAGAAUGAGAAAAAUGAAAGUCGCCUCUCCCGAAAUGACAUCCAGUCUGAGAAGUGGUCCAUCAGCAAGCACACUCAACUCAGCCCCACAGAUGCUUUUGGGACCAUUGAGUUCCAGGGAGGCGGCCAUUCCAACAAAGCCAUGUACGUACGAGUAUCUUUCGAUACAAAACCUGAUCUCCUGCUACACCUGAUGACCAAGGAAUGGCAAUUGGAGCUUCCCAAGCUUCUCAUCUCAGUUCAUGGGGGCCUACAGAACUUUGAACUCCAGCCAAAACUCAAGCAAGUCUUUGGGAAAGGUCUCAUCAAAGCAGCCAUGACAACUGGAGCAUGGAUAUUCACUGGAGGUGUUAACACAGGUGUUAUUCGUCAUGUUGGAGAUGCCUUGAAGGACCAUGCAUCUAAGUCUCGAGGGAAGAUAUGUACCAUAGGUAUCGCCCCUUGGGGAAUUGUGGAAAACCAGGAGGACCUGAUUGGAAGAGAUGUUGUCCGGCCAUAUCAGACCAUGUCCAAUCCCAUGAGCAAGCUCACUGUUCUCAACAGCAUGCAUUCUCACUUCAUUCUGGCCGACAAUGGGACCACCGGAAAGUACGGAGCAGAGGUGAAACUUAGGAGACAACUGGAAAAGCAUAUUUCACUCCAGAAGAUAAACACAAGAUGCCUGCCGUUUUUCUCUCUUGAUUCCCGCUUGUUUUAUUCAUUUUGGGGUAGUUGCCAAUUAGACCCAAUUGGAAUCGGUCAAGGCGUUCCAGUGGUGGCACUCAUUGUGGAAGGAGGACCCAAUGUGAUCUCAAUUGUCUUGGAAUACCUUCGAGAUACCCCUCCCGUGCCAGUUGUUGUCUGUGAUGGGAGUGGACGGGCAUCUGACAUCCUGGCAUUUGGGCAUAAAUAUUCAGAAGAAGGCGGACUUAUAAAUGAAUCUUUGAGGGACCAGCUGUUGGUGACCAUCCAGAAGACUUUCACAUACACUCGAACCCAAGCUCAGCACCUGUUCAUCAUCCUCAUGGAGUGCAUGAAGAAGAAGGAAUUGAUUACGGUAUUUCGGAUGGGAUCAGAAGGACACCAGGACAUUGAUUUAGCCAUCCUGACAGCUUUGCUUAAAGGAGCCAAUGCCUCGGCCCCAGACCAACUGAGCUUAGCUUUAGCGUGGAACAGAGUCGACAUCGCCCGCAGCCAGAUCUUUAUUUAUGGGCAACAGUGGCCGGUGGGGUCUCUGGAGCAAGCCAUGUUGGAUGCCCUAGUUCUGGACAGAGUGGAUUUUGUGAAAUUACUCAUAGAGAAUGGAGUAAGCAUGCACCGUUUUCUCACCAUCUCCAGACUAGAGGAAUUGUACAAUACGAGACAUGGGCCCUCAAACACAUUGUACCACUUGGUCAGGGAUGUCAAAAAGCGAGAAUAUCCAGGUUUCGGUUGGAUCUAUUUUAAGGGGAACCUGCCCCCAGACUACAGAAUCAGCCUGAUAGACAUCGGCCUGGUGAUCGAGUACCUGAUGGGAGGGGCUUAUCGCUGCAACUACACGCGCAAGCGCUUCCGGACGCUCUACCACAAUCUCUUUGGCCCCAAGAGGCCCAAAGCCUUGAAACUGCUGGGAAUGGAGGAUGAUGUUCCCUUGAGGCGAGGAAGAAAGACAACCAAGAAGCGUGAAGAAGAGGUGGACAUUGACUUGGAUGACCCUGAGAUCAACCACUUCCCUUUCCCUUUUCAUGAGCUGAUGGUGUGGGCCGUCCUGAUGAAGCGACAGAAGAUGGCCCUGUUCUUCUGGCAGCACGGCGAGGAGGCCAUGGCCAAGGCCUUGGUGGCCUGUAAGCUCUGCAAAGCCAUGGCCCAUGAGGCUUCUGAGAAUGACAUGGUUGAUGAUAUCUCCCAGGAGCUGAACCACAACUCCAGGGACUUUGGCCAGCUGGCCGUGGAGCUCCUGGACCAGUCCUACAAGCAGGAUGAGCAGCUGGCCAUGAAACUGCUGACAUAUGAGCUGAAGAACUGGAGCAACGCCACAUGCCUGCAGCUCGCGGUAGCUGCCAAGCACCGUGACUUCAUCGCACACACAUGCAGCCAGAUGUUGCUCACGGACAUGUGGAUGGGUCGGCUCCGGAUGCGCAAGAACUCAGGCCUCAAGGUAAUUCUGGGAAUUCUACUUCCUCCUUCAAUUCUCAGCUUGGAGUUCAAGAACAAAGAUGACAUGCCCUAUAUGACUCAGGCCCAGGAAAUUCACCUACAAGAGAAGGAGCAAGAAGAACCAGAGAAGCCCACAAAGGAAAAAGACGAAGAGGACAUGGAACUGACAGCAAUGUUGGGACGAAACAACGGGGAGUCCUCCAGGAAGAAGGAUGAAGAGGAAGUUCAGAGCAGACACCGGUUAAUCCCCCUGGGCAGAAAAAUCUAUGAAUUCUACAAUGCACCCAUUGUGAAGUUCUGGUUCUACACUCUGGCGUACAUCGGAUACUUGAUGCUCUUCAACUAUAUCGUGUUAGUGAAGAUGGAGCGCUGGCCUUCCACCCAGGAAUGGAUCGUCAUUUCCUAUAUUUUCACCCUGGGAAUAGAAAAGAUGAGAGAGAUUUUGAUGUCAGAGCCAGGGAAAUUGCUACAAAAAGUAAAGGUGUGGCUGCAAGAGUACUGGAAUGUCACAGACCUCAUAGCCAUCCUUCUGUUCUCUGUUGGAAUGAUCCUUCGUCUCCAAGACCAGCCCUUCAGGAGUGACGGGAGGGUCAUCUAUUGUGUGAACAUCAUUUAUUGGUACAUUCGUCUAUUAGACAUCUUUGGCGUGAACAAGUAUUUGGGCCCAUAUGUAAUGAUGAUUGGAAAAAUGAUGAUAGACAUGAUGUACUUUGUCAUCAUUAUGCUGGUGGUGCUGAUGAGUUUUGGGGUCGCCAGGCAAGCCAUUCUGUUUCCCAAUGAGGAGCCAUCAUGGAAAUUGGCCAAGAACAUCUUCUACAUGCCCUAUUGGAUGAUUUAUGGGGAAGUGUUUGCAGACCAGAUAGACCCUCCCUGUGGACAGAAUGAGACUCGAGAGGAUGGUAAAAUAAUCCAACUGCCUCCCUGCAAGACAGGAGCCUGGAUCGUGCCGGCCAUCAUGGCCUGCUACCUCCUAGUGGCAAACAUCCUGCUGGUCAACCUCCUCAUCGCUGUCUUUAACAAUACAUUUUUUGAGGUAAAAUCGAUAUCCAACCAAGUGUGGAAGUUUCAGAGGUAUCAGCUCAUCAUGACUUUCCAUGAAAGGCCCGUUCUGCCCCCACCUCUGAUCAUAUUCAGCCACAUGACCAUGAUAUUCCAGCACCUGUGUUGCCGAUGGAGAAAACACGAGAGUGACCCAGAUGAAAGGGACUAUGGCCUGAAGCUCUUCAUAACUGAUGAUGAGCUCAAGAAAGUACAUGAUUUUGAAGAGCAGUGCAUAGAGGAAUAUUUCAGAGAGAAGGAUGACCGAUUCAACUCGUCCAAUGAUGAGAGGAUACGAGUGACUUCAGAAAGGGUGGAGAACAUGUCCAUGCGGCUGGAGGAAGUCAAUGAGAGGGAACACUGCAUGAGGGCCUCGCUCCAGACCGUGGACAUUCGGCUGGCGCAGCUCGAGGACCUCAUUGGGCGCAUGGCUACAGCCCUGGAGCGCCUGACGGGUCUGGAGCGGGCCGAGUCCAACAAAAUCCGCUCGCGGACCUCCUCAGACUGCACAGACGCAGCCUACAUUGUCCGCCAGAGCAGCUUCAACAGCCAGGAGGGGAACACCUUCAAGCUCCAAGAGAGUAUAGAUCCUGCAGGUGAGGAGACCUUGUCCCCAACUUCUCCAACCCUAAUGCCCCGUAUGCGAAGCCAUUCUUUCUAUUCAGUCAAUGUGAAAGACAAAGGUGGGAUAGAAAAGUUGGAGAGUCUCUUUAAAGAAAGGUCACUGAGCCUACACCGGGCUACUAGUUCCCACUCUGUAGCAAAAGAAUCCAGAGCUCCUGCAGCCCCUGCAAACACCUUGGCCAUUGUUCCUGAUUCCAGGAGACCAUCUUCAUGUAUAGACAUCUGUGUCUCUGCCAUGGAUGAGCUCCACUGUGAUAUAGACCCUCUGGACAAUUCCAUGAACAUCCUUGGGCUGGGAGAGCCAAGCUUUUCGGCUCCAGUACCUUCCACAGCUCCUUCAAGUAGUGCCUAUGCAACUCUUGCACCCACAGACGGACCUCCAAGCCGGAACAUUGAUUUCGAGGACAUCACCUCCAUGGACACUAAAUCUUUUUCUUCAGACUAUACCCACCACCCGGAAUGCCAAAACCUGUGGGACACUGACCCUCCAAUGUACCACACCAUCGAGCGUUCCAAAAGUAGCCGCUACCUAGCCACCACCCCCUUUCUUCUAGAAGAGGCCCCCAUCGUGAAAUCUCACAGCUUUAUGUUUUCUCCUUCGAGGAGCUAUUAUGCCAACAUUGGGGUGCCUGUGAAAACAGCAGAAUACACAAGUAUUACCGACUGUAUUGACACAAGGUGUGUCAAUGCCCCUCAAGUGAUUGCUGACAGAGCCACCUUCCCGGGAGGUCUUGGAGGAAAAGUGGAGGACUCAUCAUGCUGCCAUCCCGAACGAGAAGCAGAACUGAGUCACCCCAGCUCUGACAGUGAGGAGAAUGAGGCCAAGGGCCGGAGAGCCGCCAUUGCAAUACGCCCCCAGGAGGGUGGUAAUUCAGACAGAACCCUGUCCAACAACAUCACAGUUCCCAAGCUAGAGCGCGCCAGCAGCUACUCAGCAGAGGAGCCAAGUGUGCCAUAUGCACACACCAGGAAGAGCUUCUCCAUCAGUGACAAGCUCGACAGGCAGCGGAACGCAGCAAGCCUGAGAAAUCCCUUCCAGAGGAGUAAGUCCUCCAAGCCAGAGGGCCGAGGGGACAGUCUGUCCAUGAGGAGACUCUCCAGAACAUCCGCUUUCCACAGCUUUGAAAGCAAACACAACUAAACCUUCCAAUAAGCUUUGCAGGAGGCUCAAGAAUCCAGCCCUAAAAUUCUCCCCAAAAUUCACCUGUUCCCCUUCCUUGAAACUUAUCUGCUUUAUUCGUAGUUGAGCAAAACACAUAUUGCCUUGGGAGGUGUUAACUCAAAGGUGACUUCUGGGCCAGAGAUCGAGAAAGCAUUUGUUCUGGUCCGGUGCCAAACAUGGGAUUUAAGUCAUGUUCACACUUGAUGGGUAGGGAGGGGAAAAAGGGAGAAGAAGGGUUGAGAUGAGUGUGUAUCACUAGUCACUUCAGAAAGCCGUGAGUUCUGGGAAUGAAUGGGGCUUCAAGCACUGUCCGUGCCAGGAGUCAUCUUUCCAUUUCUGACCAUUAUCAAGAGUUUUAGGAUGCAGGGCUAAAUUGCAAAAAUAAAAUAAAAUAGCCAGCAUACAAAUGAGAUAUUCUAAACUUUCAAUUCUGUUUUCUUUUCACAUUGGCUCCAUCACUGGUGACUGACGAAGAGCAUCCUUUUUAUUCAGUAUAAGCCGGCAGCAAGCAGUUCUACCUAACGUCCCACAUCCUUCUCAUGCCAACACUUCUGUAAUUGAUCAUUAUAAAGAAAAAAACAAGGUAACAGUCAUAGUUCACCUGUCUCUUAUAUAUUCGUUUCUGGUGCCACAACUUUUAUCUCUUUUGAAGAAAAUAAAGGGAAAAGAAACGCCUUUUUGUAUUGCAAUCAAAAUGAAAGAAGAAUUGAUGUUAAAAACAAAUGUCAAGUGGUUUAUUAUAAACAGUGGGCAUUCAAGUAUAGUCAAGCAAGCUCAGGAUGAAUGUAAUUAAAUAAUUUUAUAUUUUUUAAUUUAUUUUGUAUCUCACCUGUCAUCAGUGAAGCCACUCACUGAAUAUGUAUUAGGGAACUUAAAAAAAUAGUAGGCAGAACUCACCUAAAACUGCCAUAUGGGAUACUGUUAUCUUCUCACCAUCCAUGUCAUGUGUGAUGCUGCUGUGUGACCUUCAUCAUUUGUAUGAGCCUACCAUGUCUUCUGAACGUCUCCAGGAUGUAAUUGCCAAUUUUCCGCACCACUCACCACAUGAGCAUUUUGUAUAUGAAUAUCUGGUUACAUGUGGAUAUUUUCAUACCUAGAGUUUUGCCAUUUAAUCUGAGCUCAGCUUAAAUUUAAUUGGAGUUUUUCAAGGGCUGGUAUCUUUUUUAUGGAAUGUUCCAAAGCACUUUUUAAGGAAGUUUCAAAACCAUAAAUAACCUUAGACUUGACUGGGAGUUUGGUAUCAACCCAAGCCGUCAGUUGCAGGCAUACCAUGAAUAUUUUUCUUAUGCACAGAGUUAUAAAAAAGAUACAGUAGACUAAAAUAGAAAACAAAUAAACAUGUAAAGAGUUCUGUAGUGUAUGCUGCUUAUAUACAUAUAUAUGCAUUUACCCAGGGAGACAUGUUAAUAUAUAGUAUAUAAACAGACAUAUAGAGCUUUCUUAAAAGGCUUGGACUUUUCUAUCACCUUGAGACAUAACCAGGAUUUUUUAAUAUCCAAGGAGUUCCAUUGAAAGAGUUCAUUAUGUUAAAUUUUGACUGAUGUUGAAAUUAUGAAUUUUUAAAUCCCUAUGACCUCAGCUUUUCCUUGUACCAAACUAGACAUGGCGCACUACCUUCCCUUUGCUCCUUUAGGUGCGGAAGCAGUUGCUAUCGUGGCGUCUCGUUUAGUCUGGUUUCUCCUACACAAAGCGAUUAUGCCAAGUACAAUCAGAAUAGGCAUGCCAGUCUAAGCCAGAUAGUAUUAUGGACUCGAGAAUGUAGGCAUACGUUUCUAGAUCCGAAUCUGGAUUUCAAGUGGGAUAAAGAAAUCUUGACCCUCAAAUCUUUGGAUUCCUAUUUGGAUCACUGAUUUCAAAGCGAAUAAAGAUCUUUAAGGAGAAAGACUUAAUGUCUCUGACCCCAAAUACUACCUGGCUCUUUUGUUUCUCUGUAGUUAUGAACUCCAAAUUGUCUCAUUAUGUGAAAUCAAGUAAGCACAUGGACAAAAUCUCUAGCCUUUAAAUAUUUAAACAAACCCCAAAACCUUCUGAACAAGUUUUCAGUUGUAGAGAUAAUGAUGUGGCCACAUAUAAAGAAUUAAAGAAUUCCUUCUUCACUCCUUGGAUUUAAGUGAAUAAGAAAUAAGUCACCAGAGUCCCUCAUAUAUAAUUGCUCUAGAAACACUUAAAUUUUUAUUGAACUCCAUCUUGGCUAUUUCCCCCUCAGCAAACACACAUUUGAGAAUAGAUCAGUUGCCCUUAAACUUCCUUGAGUCACGAAUCUCUAUGAGGAUCUAAUGAAAGCUCUGGGCCCGCUUCCCAGAAAAAAAUGUACAUACAUGCAAAGCUGCAGUAUACCUUAAAGGGUUCAUGCACCCCUGGUUCCAUAUUGAUUGAUAAUGAGGAGGAGGAGGAACCAUGUUUGUUCAUAAUCAAUGCAGUUGUAAUAGGCACUUUACAUUUCAAGACCAUUUCUCUGUGACUCUCAGGAAGGCCAAGUCUCAGCACCAGGGUUUGAACCAAGAUUUUGUUAUUUUUGUUCCUUAGAUUAGCUUUUGCUAGUUUGAUGUACUUACAUCCUAACACUUUGAUGGUUUUACGUAUGGAGCACAUUUACAAAGCCAGAAGCCUCUCUAAAUCUGUAGAGGAAUCUAAGAAGGAGGUGAAAUCAUUAUUCUUUGACCACAGAGCAGGAUAUCACAGCACCUCCAGGGCCUCAUUCUGGACCAGAUUGAAAGUAGGGGAAAGAAAUUAUGAGCAUGAGUGUUUCCAUUCAUCGUGAUUUCUGGAGAGAACCGAGCAGAACCUGGGAAACAAAGUAUUUAACAGCCCUGACCUUGUGACUACCUGGUCCUUUUGUUGUGCAUGAAAAUGAAGUUCUUACAUCUUUUGUGAAGUGUGUGAAAUAUAUAAGCCAAAUUUAAGUGACUUUAAACACAACCUGUGUAACUUUCAUGAGCCAUUUCUUUCCUGUGCACUUACAUGUGUAUUAUGUUUCCAUCCAUUUCUUUACAUUUCUGGGUGUUCUGCACACCGACAUGGCAUUGAUUCAGUGGCCUUGUACAGUCAGCUUGUGUCCAGCUCAUUUAUUUCACCAUGUCCCUGAUCGAGGGGACGUUAAUUAUCUGUCUCUGUGAAUUAAGCAGCCCGUGAGCAGCAAGUUAUUGAGGAAUGUAAAUAAAGUCAUAGAGCGCUCAAGGAAGUAAUAGCUUUGGUUUAAUCAUAUGCUUCUAAGGUGCCAAUUUUUAUAUACUACUAUAUGUGAUGAUUUGUUCUAAAGUAGUCCUUUUGAAAAAAAAAAAAAGUAAGGAUGUUUAAUGAAAAUGACCAUGGAAAUUCCUGAUUAACCAACAUACUUUAUACUUAUACUUAGAAACUCCCUCCUUAAUGGAUUUCAGUGAAGCUGGAAAGCUUGAGUGUAAUUGUCAUGACUAGUUUGAGUAUUUCUCCAGCCAGAAGGUGUAUUAGGGGUCAGAAUGCAGCACUUUACAGAACUGGAUUUUUUUUUUAAGUCUAAGCUUCCAGGUCUAGGAUAUUAUAUAGCACUUUGAAAGUUCCCCCUUUAAAAUAUAUAUAUCAGAAUAAUCGAAUGAGAAAAAUGUACUUGCAAGAACACAAAAUGUGUUUCUUCUGAAUGUUUCAAAUGUAUUCUAAAAGAUGGUUUCUAUAGAUAAUAUUAUGGUAGAUAACUGGAUAGCACAUUUAUUCUACUUUCUGAGGCUGUACAGUCUAAUCUUUCUGAAUGUUUGGGCUGUUUAACUUCUGUAAUGAUAAUAAAUAUUAUCCAGUCAUCGAUCAUGUUAUAUCUAUAGGCUAUACCAUUCGAUGUGUGUGGGGCAAUGCUAUAUUAUAAAACACAUGUAAACAUAUAUGUAACCCGUGUUUAACUCAGCAUAGUUGUAGCAUGUGGUUGUAUUAAUGAACGUUACAGGACAGCUUUAUAAUCAUUUACAAAUCUGUAACAUUCAAUAAAGAAGCACAUGUUGCAAGGAUUAAUGAUGUUCCCAAUUCCAUGUUAUUUAGCAUCCUCGUGAAAUGGGCACUUUUGUUCCUGAUCUGCUUUAUGUUUUUCACAUUCCCGUAGACCACUGUAAAAUAUUCAUAUAAGCUGAUGUGCAUCUUCUAACCAGCCCAGCGAGCUGUGGUAGGCAAGUUGUGAUUCUGUGAAAGACAAACUGGCAUGUUAUACAAAAGACUAUAUGACAAAUGAACUGAAAAUAGUAUUUUAAGCUCCAGUUGAAUUAGCUGUUUGUUUACAUCUGCUAACCCAACGUGGAAGCAGUGUACAGUAUUUUAUAAAUAUGUUCAUGUAGUAACACUGAUAUGUUUGUUUCUAGACAAAGUGAUGCUAGUGUGUAGGUGGUUAUAUCCUUAUUCUAGAUAUUGCAUUAUAGCUCACUAUUCUUUAAUAAUAGUAAUGUGACUUAAAUGAAGUAAUCCCGCUCCAAAUCCAGUCUUAAUUUUGUGGCAACAAAAUGCAUGCACUGCUUUAUGCGUUUCUUUUGACUUUUUAAAGGCACUUAACAUUUUACUGUUGCCUGCUGUGACACUUAAACCAUUUAGGAACUCACUC